AUGGAACACCUGUGGGAGGAGAAGGAGAGCGAAUUCAACUCAAAGGAGUUCAAAGGAGUGCCAUUGGAAUUGAACUGGAAUUGGAGCCUGCUCAGACCCAACAUUGCUGCUUUUUUUGCUCCAUCAUCUCUGGUUGCAACUGCUGGAGCUGCUUCGUUGUUUCUGGAACAGAAGGUUUAG